AUGCCGCGCGUCUCAUUUCCGAUUCACACCUUGCUCAUUCACGCGCCUAUCGUUCUACUCAGUGUCAUCCUAUUAAUACAUCCGAAGAAAUUGCCAUCUAUAAUUAAACGCAUUAUCGGCCUACCACUCUUAGUAGCUGAAAUCUACAUAGGAUCCACAUACUAUUCUAAAUGCUAUGGAUUUGAUCUUCUGUAUACGACAAUAGCGAUUGUCACCACAUUGAGAUUUUUCGAUUUCUACUUUUUCACUUCAUUACUUAACGGUAAAAAUGUCUACGUGACAACGGCUGAUCUGAAAGCGGAAUUAUGGCAACCUGUUAGAUAUAGAGCAAUUGAAAAGAAAAAGAGUGAAAACGGGGGAAAUCACCAAAGUAACGGAACCAAUGGGAACGCCUCGCCGAAGAUGAUUGUCUCAUCGUUCACGCUACUUCCGCCUGCUUUCUUGUUCCUUUUCAUAAGUGAUUGCAUAAAUUACUACUUUCAUCGAUUUACUGCCGACACACUAUUAUCAUUAUCAUCUGUAGAAUUAUUUAUAAUGAAUCUGAUCGGUGGUGUUUACAUUUGCACAAUGAUGGAAGGAGCAUCUCGUCUUGGAGUGUUCGUUUGGACCUUGAUCAACGAUCGAGGUGUUUACGACAAGAGUGAAUGGAAACCGCUAUUCAGGCAUCCAUAUUUGUCGACAUCACUAUCAGAUUUAUGGUCGGUCAGAUGGCACCAGACGUUCCGUGUAUUAUGGGUUUCGCUAGCAUACGUUCCGCUGAAGCAAUUCAUUAGUCAGAAACUACGACCAUUAUUGACGAAAAAUAAUAAUUCCAUCGCUAGUACCGUUGUGGAUAUGAUGGAAUUAGCUAUACCGGCAAUUGGCGUGUUCGCAAUCAGUGGUUUAAUACAUGAAUACAUAGUGCGGUCAGCAUUCUAUUCUCUAUGGAUUCCAGGUCAAAUGAUGAUGUUCUUCGUUCUCCAAGCGGUCGGUGUGAUCAUUGAGAAGACUUAUCAAAGGCUUACACCCGGAUUAAGCCGGCCGGUGUGGCUGGGAAGACUAUGGACUCUAUUAUUUUUAUAUUUCACUUUGCCAUACUUUUUUGAACCUCUUUACAAAGGAGAAGCAUGGCGCGUUCAUGAAGAAUUGCCAAGUGUAUUCAAAGCAAUCGGUCUAUGGACAAAGA